UACAACUAUGCAUUUUAAUGAAAAGGUUACCUAACCAUGAAGUUAUCAUAAACCACAGUACAAUUAUAUAAACAUGGUAUUUGGAAUACACAAUUGAAAACAUUUAAAAUAUCUUAACAUAAAUAAGCCAUUGAUAUAUCGAGUAUUUUUAUAAGUAAUGGCAUCAUUUCUCGUGUUUGUGUACUAUACAUAUAUCGUGAUAAUCUCAUCAAGCGUCUUCGGUUCCGGUCUUCAUGUGCCAGGUGACGUUACAUUGGCGGCCAUGAUGACCGUGCACGAGGCGGCGACUGGAGGCGGAUGCAGUUCACGUGUACAUGUGUCCUCGGUGAUGCAUGCGGAGGCUGUCACGUGGUACAUUCAAAACCUUAACAACUUUGGUGGACUUCCGUUUUCAAUCGGCAUUGAUAUUUACGAGACAUGCGGAGAUUCGAUGGCAGCGACGCAGACAGCGGUACUUCUCAUGAGCGACGUACUUUCCGGAAAUAAGACGUCACCACUUAUAGGUGUAUUGGGCCCUGAAAGCAGAGUGGAUGCAGCGGCAAUCGCUCCUGUCCUCGGGUCUGUCUCACCGGAAGUAAGGCUUUUGCAACUGCAGUUCUCCACCCCAGCUUCCGGUGGCGAUGACUACAGGAAGUUCCAGAAUGUGGCCAGUCUAGUUCCUGACGAUGAUCUUCAGAUUGAGGUGAUGGUUGCAACAAUGGAACAGCUUGGUUGGAAACGGAUCGCAGUGCUAUACCAGGACGACGCGGGCGUCCGGCAUCUCUGGGAACGGCUACAAGAGUUGACCAGCGACCGCGGCAUCUGCGUCUCCCGAUCAUCGGCUAUCACAUUCACAAACGGUAUUAGCUCAAGUCAGAUAACAUCGGCGUUGGAACACGUGAUCGAGGACGAGAUUUCCGGUCUCGUUUUCCUUGGAGUCGCUCCUGUCGCUGUUAAGGUGUUCCGCGCACUGGAUACUUCAGGGUACUCUAACAGCCCCGUCGUCAUUUUGUCGGAAUCGGCAUCUAUGCAAAUGGCCGUCUUCCGGCGCGCAGACGACACGCUCAUAGGGCAAUCUCUUGGUACCCUUUCCGUAGCGCCGCCCUACAUGCCUGUAGGGGAGUUUCUACAACACUGGCGCGCAAUAUUUACAAAUGCGACCGUCUUUCAACAGCGCAGCGCCAUCAACCCCUGGCUAGAUGAUGUAUAUUAUGACGUCACCGGAUGCGAUGCAAAGGAUUGUGCUAUCAGUCAAAUGGAUGCUGUUCUAUACAACGCUACAUUUAGGGACUACUUCGAUGAUUUAUACACAUUGUAUGCCAUAGCAGGCUCGCACUUAAUCGUGAAAGCAGCUAGGAAUCAGUAUAUAAGUAUGUGUGGUUCGAAUACCGGCGGCAUGGGGUUGUGUGAAGAUUUUAUUGCAAAUUUCAAACCUGGUGUCAUGGUCGAUGCAGUAAAGGGCACGGACAUUAAUUUUAAAGACGAUUUUGAUUGGAAUCCUGCGAGCCUGCUCAAUAUGACCACGAUUUCACUAUCUACCCAAGGUGAAAUAGACGGGGACAACCGAAAGUACGAGUUGUACAACUUGCAAUCAGGGGAAACACUUGUUAAGGUCGGUGACUUCACAAGCGGUCGGCUAAUUUUAGAUACAAGUCUCAUCCGUGAUUACAACGGGGAUAUCGAGUUAAUGUGGCCGCAGCUUCGGAAGGCAGUUUGUCCCUCUGGUCACGAUUGUGAUGAGUGUUACUCUAUUUCCAAUCUUAAAGAACGCUAUAUUGUCGACGAAGGGGACGCGUAUAUUGUCGGAAUUAAUCCCAUUUUUAACUCUGACGGAGAAACCGGGUGUGGUGAGAUUUCUACGACAAACACUUAUGCGGUUGUUGAGGCGAUUCGGUUUGCAGCCAACCAGAUCAAUAAGAGCAAUUUGUAUUUUUCACAUUUAAAAAUCGGUGUGAUUGUGUUGUGUACGUGCAAUAACCCUGUAGUGGUGCAAAGAAAGAUUUACGAAUUGGUCAAAGAUGGUGUGAUGUUACGAGAUGGAACAAGAGUAAACGUAAAGGACAAAAUCAUUGGAUUUAUUGGUGAUGUUGGGAGUACCAUCAGUAUUUCCGUUGCCGAGGUUCUUUCCCGUCUCAAAUACGUACAAAUCAGUUACGCAUCAACAAGUCCCGCCCUCAGUGACAGAAGUAAAUAUCCAUAUUUCAUGCGUACAGUAACCCCUGACGACGCUCAAGCUAAGGCAAUGAUCGAUUUGCUAAACGAUCUCGGAGCGGACUAUAUACAAGUCAUUUACAGCGCGGGAGCGUACGGCGAAGGUGGACGAGAUAAAGUUAAAGAGGAAGCCUUAGAGGCUGAUAUUUGUGUGUCGCAAACCAUCGAAGUCACGGAGCAAAACUACCAUCUGGUAUAUGACCAAUUGCUCAACACUGCAAGUGCGACGACUGUCAUAGUUUUCGUACGAUCUCACAUGGUGCAGCCUCUGAUGGUCGAACUGCAGAAGAGAGUGAAAACGGGCGAAUUUAUGUUUAUCGGCUCCGAAGCUUGGUCAAGGAAUACCCAGGUCUUAGAAGAAGACGAUAAACAAAUCUUGCUUGGGUCUUUUACUCUUGUUCUUGAAAUCAGUCCCGACAGUCUGCUCGUGGACCACACAAAGAGUUUAGACCCACAACCACUUGACGAAAACCCCUGGGUCACUUUAUAUCUACAAGAGAAACUUGGCUGCUAUUUUAACACAAGUUUUAGGAAGACAUACGCAAAUGAAUGCGCUAUGACUAAUCCACUGAACAAACCAAAUUUUGUUCUGGACACUUGGUCUACCUCAGCGUUUGUAGCAACUCGUGCAAUGCUCAUGGGAGCUCAUCAACACCAUAUUAACACCUGUGGCACUGAGUCUACGACAUUGUGUCCACAAUUUAGUAGUCCCCGAGAGAUAGACAACCUUGUCGAGCAAAUCCGGUCUGUCGAGCUUGACCUUGAGGGUAAGGGUGAUGACGUCAAAGUUUUUACUGCGAAUGGGGACGGCAACGUCGGGUACCGUAUCUACAACGUCAUUCAAGACGCAGGAGACAGGUCGAGAUUAGAGUAUAAAGAGGUUGGCCGUUACCCGCUUGAAGGGAGCUUUACUAUCAAUCUGAACAACGCUCAUGUGUCAAAGGAGACUGUUUCCGUCUGUCCAAACAUACAGACAUGUGCUGGGUGUAAGAAAGAAGCUACUACAGUACAGCCACAACAAAUGAGUGAGGCAAAUGUUGGAAUGAUAGUCAUUGGGUCGUUAUUUGGACUGGCGAUGCUCGCCGUUAUCGUCCUUGUUGUUAUGAUUGUUCUGUUGCGACGAGCUCAUAUCAAAGACAAAGACAAGAUCUACUUAAACCCAACAACACUUGAAAGAGACCACACCGAAUCACAUGUGUAUCAUCAGGAUAUGCAUUUCAUGCAAGUGCGAACGGAAGCUGUAGGAAAGUCCCCGGAAGCAACCCCGCCACCCUCCCACUGUGAAAGUAGCGGUGUUUUUCAUGACAUAAUCUUACAAGAGGAUAAUAACAAGACAGUUACGACGCAGACAUCCGAUAUGUGAUUGGUGUGUUGAAUAUAGAGGUAGUCGAGGUUGUAUUAUUGCUUUUAUCUCUAAACAUAAAGACAGGAGAACUUUUUUUUAAAUUACUAAUUUUACAGUCAUUUUGACAGUUCAUCAUCAUCAUCAUCAUCAUCAUCAUCAUCAUCAUCAUCAUCAUUGUCACCGUCUUCGUCAUGGCAGCAGUACCACAGCAGUAGUAGCAGCAGCAUUCAUACAUUUUAAACAAUAAAAAAAUAUGAUGCUCAGUAUAAUCAGCUAUACAUGUACCAAAUAAAUACUCCAGACAUCGACUUUCUCAUAUUAAGUAGUUUGCAUUUGUUUUUGACUGUGGACCACCUCUUUACUGCAAAAACGUAUACACAUUGUAUUUUUGCCCUCAAUGUUGUAUUUAAUAUUUUUUGAUUGCAAAUUACUUGCAUGUAUUUGUGUUUGUUUACUCGGAAUAAAUAUUAUCGAAAGACA